ACCCUAGACGCUGCAAUCAUUCAUUCCGCCUCUUUUGUCACAGAUCGCUGCAGAGGAUUGGCGGCGGUGAAAGAUGCCGGCGGGGCACGGUCUUCGUUCGCGAACUCGCGAUCUUUUUGCGAGGCCCUUCAGGAAGAAGGGCUAUAUUCCUCUGACAACGUAUCUUCGAACCUACAAGAUCGGAGACUACGUUGAUGUCAAGGUUAAUGCCGCCAUACACAAAGGGAUGCCUCAUAAGUUCUACCAUGGAAGGACUGGGAAAGUGUGGAACGUAACCAAGAGGGCUAUUGGAGUCGAAAUCAACAAACAGGUCGGCAACAGGAUCAUCAAGAAGCGCAUCCAUGUUCGUGUCGAGCACGUGCAGCCUUCAAGGUGUGCUGAAGAUUUUCGUCUUAGAAAGAAGAAAAAUGACGAGCUCAAGGCAGAGGCCAAAUCUCGUGGCGAGAUUAUCAGCACGAAGAGGCAACCCGAGGGGCCUAAACCUGGUUUCAUGGUUGAGGGAGCCACAUUAGAAACAGUGACACCUAUUCCUUAUGAUGUUGUUAAUGACCUCAAGGGUGGCUACUGAAUGUCCUAAACCUUCUAAAUUUUCAUUCCCCCAGCCUUUUUUAUAAAACUAUUUCAAUGUUAGAAGCAUUUGCAAUUUUGAA